AUGCAAUCAAUAAAUGUCCCUUAUUCUGCACAAAUCUAUCUUCACCACUUUAUUUCUACCCAUCUGUAUAUUCACAUCUAUCUAUCUAUCUAUCUAUCUAUCUAUCUAUCUAUCUAUCUAUCUAUCUAUCUCUACUUGACCCGGGCAUGCAUAUAUGAAUUGCUUUAUUUAAUAUGGCGCAUGUGUCAAGAUGUCGGUAACAACAAAUCUUACUGCAUCACUACACUCUCCAUUAUCUCUCUCUCUCUCUCACACACACACACUCUCUCUCUCUAUCUAUCUAUCUAUCUAUCUAUUAUUAUUAUUAUUAUUAUUUUCACGAAUUUGAUGGUGAGCUCUGUGGUACAGCAUGAAUUAAUUACUCUAUUCAUUGCGGACAUCCUUUCUUUCUUUCUUAUUCCAUCUAUCUAUCUAUCUAUCUAUCUAUCUAUCUAUCUAUCUAUCUAUCUAUCUAUCUAUAUAUAUAUAUAUAUAUAUAUAUAUAUAUAUCAUCUGCCUAUGUAG